AUUCUGGACAUGAACCGCGAGAAGAAAAUUGAAAACCCCUAAAACCCUUUCAAUCCCUCUGCAAGCUCAGACACUUCUGCAAUCAUGUACGGAGGAGAUGAAGUCUCUGCGAUAGUCGUAGACUUGGGUUCUCACACUUGCAAGGCUGGUUACGCUGGCGAAGAUGCUCCUAAAGCCGUUUUUCCUUCUGUUGUUGGAUCAAUUGAUCAAAUGGAAGUUGAUAAUCCUGAUAAUCCAGAGAAUAAUUCUGGAUCUGCCCCUGACUCUAAGUCCAAGGGCAAGCGAAAAUUGUAUGUAGGAUCUCAAUCCUUGGGAUUCCGCCGGGAUCAUAUGGAGGCACUCUCACCCAUUAAGGAUGGAAUAGUUGCAGACUGGGAAAUUGUUGAAAACAUAUGGGACCAUGCCUUCAGGGAUUGUUUGCUGAUUGAUCCUAAAGAGCAUCCAAUGCUACUUGCUGAGCCAUGUUCCAAUACUCAACAACAGAGAGAAAAGGCAGCAGAGCUUAUGUUUGAAAAAUACCAAGUCCCUGCUUUGUUUUUGGCCAAAAAUGCUGUUCUAACAUCUUUUGCAUCAGGACGCGCCACUUCUUUGGUCGUAGAUAGUGGUGGUGGAUCAACUACCAUUGCUCCUGUGCAUGAUGGAUACGUUCUUCAAAAGGCUGUUACUACAUCUCCUAUAGGGGGAGACGUGCUUACUGAGGCCUUGAUGAAAAGUCUGGAACAAAAGGGCAUCAUUAUAAAACCUCGAUAUUCUUUCAAAAGAAAAGAAAUCCGGCCAGGAGAAUUUCAGACAGUGGAUCUUGAUUUUCCUAAUACAACUGAAAGUUACAAACUUUACUGCCAGAAAGUGAUUGCCAGUGACAUCAAAGAAUGUGUGAGCCGAGCUCCAGAUACUCCAUAUGAUGAUAGUUCAUACUCAAACAUUCCAAUGACGCCUUAUGAGCUUCCUGAUGGGCAGACUAUAGAAAUUGGCGCAGACAGAUUCAAGAUCCCUGACAUCUUAUUCAAUCCUUCUUUGGUUCAGACCAUCCCUGGAAUGGAAAGUUUUGCUGAGACUGCUACUUCUCUCCGUGGUCUCCCACAAAUGGUCAUUGAGAGUAUAAGUAGGUGUGAUGUGGACAUUCGAAGAGAACUCUAUAGUAGUAUAUUGCUUUCUGGGGGAACAGCAUCAAUGCAACAACUAAAAGAACGUCUUGAGAAAGAUUUGCUUGAGGAAUCUCCACAAGCAGCAAGAGUCAAAGUACUGGCAAGUGGAAAUGCAACAGAGAGGAGAUUCAGUGUAUGGAUAGGGGGCAGUAUAUUGGCAUCACUUGGUUCUUUUCAGCAAAUGUGGUUUUCAAAAUCUGAGUAUGAAGAACAUGGGGCUUCAUAUGUUCAAAGAAAAUGUCCGUAAUUUGCACUAGUGGCAGCGUGGCCCUGUCUGCCAUUUCUGUGAUCGACCGACCAUUCACUUGUUUGAUGAGACAACUGUGUAAAUUUAGUUCAGACUAAUUAAUCCGGAAAGUCUUGUAUCUUGUUUCCGCUAACUGUGAUUAAUUUAGAUAAUGUUGUGAAAUUGGUUACUCCAAUACAUUAUUUGCUGCUGCUGAAAUUGGCCUGCCAUUGAAGUUAGGAGUAAAUCUGUACCUGUAGCUACUUGAAUUCUUCAUGGCUCCUUAUCGAGUACUGAAAAUUGGCAUUCUUUAUUUUACACUUUUUCUAUGAA